AUGCAGAACAGUGGGUUGGAUCUCAAUAUUGUCUGUUAUAAUAUCCUAAUCGACGGCUUGUGCAAAGCUGGCCAUAUCGAAGCUGCAAAAGAAUUAUUUUGUGAACUCGUGGUCAAUGGUUUGAAACCUGAUGUUUGCACAUAUUUUACUAUUACCAAUGGUUUCUGUAAAGAGAGAUUGCCAGAUGCAGCAUACCAGUUGUUGAGCAUGGGAGAAAAUGAUAGUUUGCCUAAUAUCUGCUGUUAUAAUGUGAUGAUCCGAGUGUUUCUUCAAAACAAUUACAUCUCAAAAGCAGCACAUCUUCAAUUCUUGGUUUUACACAAUCAAUCUCUCUUCAGUCUUCUUUAA